AUGGCUAGCCCUCCCGUUCUAGCUUUCGAUGCCGAGGGCCGUCCGGUGAAGUUCGAAACCUGGCUAGAUGACCUGCAUCUGUUCCUACAGCUCACUGCCAAGGAAGAUAUCUCACUGUACGAUCACGCCCUAGGCCAUGCCACUGCCCCUGACUCGACUGCUGACAGCACUCUGCGUUCCCAGUGGCAGACCCGUGAUGCGCAUGCUCGCUUUGCUAUUCGCAACUCCCUGCCACUAGACGAGCGCGAGCACUUCGGCCAGUGCAAGACUGCUAAGGACCUCUACACCGCUGUAGUUGCCCGCUACUCCUCACCCGCUUCUGCCACGCUAGGCCGCCUCACUCUCCCCUACCUGUUCCCCGACCUAGCCUCCUUUCACACUGUCGCAGACCUCAUCACCCACCUUAAGACUAGUGAGGCCCGCUUUCGCGCUGCUAUGCCUGCCGAGUUUCUCACUAGCAACCCCCCCCCACUCUGGAUCACUCUCUACCACAUCGUCACCCGCCUCCCUGACUCUCUGCGCGCAGUCAGGGACCACUUCCUCUCUCGCUCCCCCACUGAGCUCACUGUUGCCCUCCUCGAGAAGGAACUGCUUGCAGCUGAGGCGAGCAUUGUCGCUGUAGGCACCUCUCGUGGCGACCCCCGCACCCCGUUCUUUGAGGGGUGUUCCCCUUCCCCCCUCCUCCCCUCUGUCGCCUCUGCUGCUGCUGUCGACCUUCUUGGUGCUGAGAAGGUCGGGACCGCGUCUGCUUCGAGCGGGCGCCGCAGGAACAAAGGGGGCAGGGGUGGGGGUGGUGGCGGAGGAGGUGGGGGUGGAGGCGGUGGGAGUGGAGGCGCGGCUGGGGAGACUGGUGGCGGCAGUGGGGGAGGAGACAGCAGCGGUGGGAGUGGUGGUGGAGGCGGCAGCGGAGGCGGAGGUGGUCGUGGCGGCGGCAGGGGUGGAGGUGGCCGGGGCGGCGGCGGUGGGGGUGGUGGUCGUGGAGGCACUGGCGGAGGGCAGAGUCAGCAGCCCGCCCCGACGCUUCAGGCCGCCCGUGAGUGGUAUGCGCAGCGUAGCGUUAUCUGCACGUACGUCAUUCGCACAGGUGACCGCAGCGGCCAGCAGUGUGGGAGGCCGCACCCCACGCAGCGCUGCUUCGCGCGCCUUAAUGACGCGUGGCGCACUCAGUUUCCUGCUGCCACUGAGCUGCCGCGCUGGGCUGAUCUGGAAAAGAGGGGUGUUGAUAUUUGGGCUUUAGACUUUGAUGCUAUUCUCACUGCCAUGUAUGCGAUGUCUAUUAGUGGAGAGGGUGCUCAGUACUUGCGUGUUCCGCCCGACCCGGGCAUUCAGACCAGUCCGGCUGCCGCUCUAGGUGCUAGUGCGUCUGCUCCCACAGGUCCUGGUGAGGCUGCUGCCCUAGGUGCUCGUGCGUCCGUCCCCCCUGGUACUGAGUCGACUGCAGCACUGCACACCUUCACACUGGACUCAGGUGCUUCUCGCUCCUUCUUUCGUGACCGCACUGUCCUUGAGCCACUAGCUCGGCCAGUUGCUGUCUCUCUUGCUGACCCCUCUGGGGGUCCGGUCAUUGCGACCUCCUCCACUGUCCUUCCUUGUCCGGCGGUCCCGUCUGGCACGCUGUCAGGUCUCUACCUCCCCUCGUUCUCUACGAACUUGGUGGCAGGUAGUGCACUCCAGGACGGGGGUGUUCACCAGUUCACCCCUGCCUACGAGCGCGUGACACACUGCACGUGUGCUCGGACGGGUCGCCACCUGGCUACCUUCACUCGGGAGCCGGGGUCGGACCUUUACACACUGACCACUGAGUCCCCUCAGGUAGCUGCGUCCGCGUCUGCGUCUGCGUCAGCCCGCGUCCGUGGUCAGGGUCAGGAGAGGUACUUCCUGAUUGUUGUUGACGACUUCUCGCGCUACACCACGGUCUUCCCCUUGCGCGCCAAGGGUGACGUCCCUGAUGUCUUGAUCCCUUGGAUCCGCAGAUCUCGUCUCCAGCUCCGUGAGCGUUUCCGCUCCGACUUCCCUGUCCUGCGUCUGCACUCUGACAGAGGUGGGGAGUUCUCCUCUGGCCUAUUGGAGGCCUUCUGUCAGCAGGAGGGCAUUGAGCAGUCGUACACGCUUCCGGCCUCUCCACAGCAGAAUGGGGUUGCUGAGCGUCGCAUUGGUCUGGUCAUGGAGGUCGCUCGUACCUCCUUGAGCCAUGCGGCUGCCCCCCAUUUUCUGUGGCCGUUUGCAGUCCGAUACGCUGCACAUCAGCUCAACCUCUGGCCCCGUGUCUCCUUGCCCGAGACUUCUCCGACACUGCGUUGGACGGGAGAGGCUGGCGAUGCGUCGCGUUUUCGGGUCUGGGGAUCCCGAGCUUUUGUCCGCGACACGUCCGCGGACAAGCUCUCCCGUCGCGCUGUCCCCUGCGUCUUCCUUGGCUUUGUCCCGGACGCCCCUGGUGCUGAGGUACCAGACCCCCUCCCCCCUCAGGGUGCCGCUCCCUCAGGUGUGUCCCAGGUAGACCCGGGUGAGCCUGUCGAGGUAGCUGUUGACUCUCGUCCUGCUAGGGGUGCUGAGCCUGGGGGUGCUGCGUCUGGGGGUGCUGAGCCUGGGGGUGCUGCGUCUGGGGGUGCUGAGCCUGGGAGUGCUGAGUCUGGGGGUGCUGAGCUUGGAGGUGCGGAGCCUGGAGGUGCGGAGCCUGGAGGUGCUGAGCCUGGGGGUGCUGAGUCUGGGGGUGCUGAGUCUGGGGGUGCUGAGCCUGCGCGUGCUACACCUGGAGGAGCCCUCUCCUCCCAGCAGCUGCAGGAGAGGUACCUCGAGUACUGCCGCCUCCGGAGAGGUGCUGCUGGAGCUCGUCCCGGUACUUCCCCUCCUACCCAGGAGCUCCCCCCCAUUCAGCAGAUCCGCGAGUGGUACACACGCCGCUGCAGUCUUCGGAGUGGUGCUCCUGGUGCUGCGGACCCUGGGGGUGGCGCUGCUGCUGGUGCUGAGGACCCGGACGUUGGAGCUGCUGCUGGAGCUGAGGACCCGGGCGGUGACGCUGCUGCUGGUGCUGAGGACCCGGACGGUGGAGCUACUGCUGGUGCUGAGGACUUGGACGGUGGAGCUGCUGCUGGAGCUGAGGACCCGGACGGUGGAGCUGCUGCUGGUGCUGAGGACUCGGACGGUGGAGCUGCUGCUGGAGCUGAGGACCUGAGCGGUGGCGCUACUGCUGGUGCUGUGGACCCGGACGCUGGCGCUCCUACUGGUACUGAGGACCCGGCCGCUGGAGUCUCCUCUGCUUCUGGAGACGCUGCGCGGCCGCGACCGUACUUCGUCCCGCUCCUUCAGCAGGUUCUUGGGCAGGCUCCUCCUCUUUGUCCUCCUCCCUCCGUAGAGUGUCCCCCGCCUGUCCUGCCGCAGUCACAGUUACAGCCUACCUCGCCUCUCCCUGCUCCCUCUCCUUACACUGGUCCCACAGGAGGUCUUACAGAGCGUCGUGAGCCUGAGUCUCGUCCUGCGUCGCCUGUUCGUCCUGCUCGCACUGGUAGUCGUGUCCGUCGUGAGCGUCCUCCUCCUGUCCCAGGCACUCACUACAUGACUCUGCGUCCCUCUACUGCUCCUCAGCGUGUCCCUCUACCGUCUCCUCCUGCGUCCUCUUUGCCUGACGGUCCGGACCCUGAGUCUGACCGGUAUCGUGCUGAGCACCCUACUGUCACGCGUCUCCUUGCUACUGUUGUCACCGACCCUACCUUUGAGUCCUCGGCUGCGUCUGCUCUGGUCGCUGAGUUGGUUGACUUUGCUGCUGCCUGUCGUCUAGACUAUGCUGCUAGCCUUGUUGCUGUGUCUGAGUCUGAGUCUGUCUGUCCUCCGUCCGUCGGGGGUGAGUGUGCUCUUGGCACGGACGUCCUUGAGGACAGACAGGAGGAGUUCCAGUGUCUUGCUGCUGCUUUGCCCCGUCUCGUGUCCUUGCUAGUUGCCCCUGAGGGAGACCCGGAUGUACCAGACAUCCCGACCCCGCGCACUUACGCUGAGGCGAUGGCGGGUCCCUACUCCUCUCAGUGGCAGACAGCCAUGGACGCCGAGAUGGCUUCCUGGAAGUCCACACGCACCUACGUCGACGAGGUUCCCCCUCCUGGGGCGAACAUCGUCAGUGGCAUGUGGAUUUUCAGGGUGAAGCGGCCGCCGGGUUCUCCGCCUGUCUUCAAGGCGCGUUACGUGGCUCGAGGCUUCAGUCAGCGAGAGGGAGUUGACUUCUUCCAGACCUUCUCCCCCACCCCGAAGAUGACUACUCUUCGGGUGCUGCUGCACAUAGCCGCUCAGCGCGACUACGAGCUUCACUCACUUGACUUCAGCACUGCUUUCUUGCAGGGCAGCCUGCACGAGGAGAUCUGGCUGCGCCGCCCACCUGGCUUCACUGGGUCGUUUCCUCCUGGUACCCAGUGGAGGCUUCAGCGGCCGGUCUACGGUCUCCGCCAGGCUCCGCGUGAGUGGCACGACACAUUGAGGACUACACUUGCGGCUCUUGGGUUCGCGCCUUCUACAGCUGACCCGUCGCUGUUCCUGCGCACCGACACUUCGCUGCCGCCGUUCUACAUCCUCGUGUACGUCGACGACCUGGUCUUUGCCACUGCUGACACUGCAGGACUCGCCUACGUGAAGUCGGAGCUGCAGAGGAGACACACGUGCACAGACCUGGGUGAACUGACAAGCUAUCUUGGCUUGCGGAUCACCCGGGACAGAGCACGGCGCACCAUCACCUUGACUCAGUCACACAUGGUGCAGCAGGUUCUCCAGCGCUUCGGCUUCACGUACUCCUCGCCUCAGUCCACUCCUCUGCCUACCGGUCACUCGCUCUCAGCUCUGCCUUCGGAUGAGUCCGUAGAGCCGAGUGGCCCGUAUCCAGAGCUUGUGGGCUGCCUCAUGUACCUGAUGACCUGCACUCGACCUGACCUUGCAUACCCUCUUAGCAUCCUUGCACGCUAUGUCGCUCCUGGCCGUCACAGGAAGGAGCACAUGGAUGCCGCUAAGAGGGUGUUGCGCUACUUGUGCAGUACGUCGGGCAUGGGGCUUGUGCUUGGAGGGCGAGACCGAGUUGUGCUCACAGGGCACUCAGACGCUUCUUGGGCAGACGACCAGGCCACUCAGCGGUCGUCUCAGGGUUACACCUUCAGCCUUGGCUCUGGCUCAGUUUCUUGGCGCUCUACUCGCUCUUCUUCUGUUCUCGGCUCCAGUUGCGAGGCUGAGAUCUACGCUACAGCCAUGGCUGCCCAGGAGCUACGCUGGCUGACCUACCUGCUGACUGACCUCGGAGAGCCGCCUCGUUCUCCUCCAGUACUGUACGUCGACAACAAGGCUGCCAUUGCCUUGUGUGAGGAGCACAGACUGGAGCACAGAACGAAGCACAUCGCCCUGCGGUACUUCCUUGCUCGAGAGCUGCAGCAGCGCGGUCAGCUUUGUAUUCGCUACGUGGCCACUGAGGCCAACACUGCUGAUGUGUUCACCAAGGCGCUUCAGCCUCGUGACCAUCAGCGCUUCUGCACUCUACUAGGUCUUGUGCCUACUGGACCUCACUUGCUUACCUCUUGA